AUGGCUUCACCGUUGAGCAGGAUGCUGCCACUGGCGGCUGCGGCGAUGGAGUGCCGGCUGAGCGGACGACUGGGUACCGAGCCGCGAGAUAUGAGCCUCAGCCCGAGCAAAGGGUACUACAGCCGCGUGCGUCUGCACGGCGACCUGGUGGUGAGCUACUGGCUGCGCGCGGUGGGAGGCGCCGUGAGACCCACGCUCCAGCACGAGGAGGCGGCUCCACGGAGAUUCGACCACAAGUUCCCGCUCCUCAAUGGCCUCAACGCCGACCACCACUCGGCCUGCUGCGACGCCAUCCGCGAGGUGCUGCUGCGGGCGCGGACGCCGCUCGGACUCGACGCCGGCAGCUGGGACGACUCGCUGGCUGACCACCUGGCCACGCUGACCGUGGAUGCUGUCCGUCGAGAGCGCGUGGCCGGCGACGGCGGCGAGCACCGUGGAGUCCCCCCGCGCUUCGACGUCGACCUGGCUCUCACCAUCGUAGCGGAAUUCGUCUACAGCGAGCCCAAGGCGCUGCUCCUCGCCUGCGACAAGGCUGCUGCGGCAACGACGACGAGGGCUCCACCAUGCCGGGCUGGAGAUGCCGAGUGUCGUGUGUGCGUGGAGGCUAAAGAAGACACCAUGGCGAGGCUGCCGUGCUCGCACUCCUUCCACCGCGGCUGCAUCCUGCCCUGGUUCGACAAGGUGGCCACAUGCCCAAUGUGUGGCCAUGACGUGGCCAAGUACCUUGCUGCGGCCACCAACACCCCAAUUGGAAAGUUCCCUGCAGCUCUAUUCGGACCCUGA